CGCUGAUAGCGUAACGAUCAUAGCGUAACCAAGUCGUAACCAAGUCGUAUGUGUGACUAAGCUCAAUCUGCCCAGUGGCAACAGCGGCCCCUACAGUUACAAAAUACGAUAGGCAGCCCUGCGCUGUUUUUGCACCCAUUCGCUAAAUCGGAAACCGGAAUUACGUCACCACUGAACUGACUACCGCUGCCAUUUUAACGGGAAGAGUGGAGAGAAAGCUAGCUGGGAAACUGCGCGUUUGUUGUUCAGCGGUCUUAUUUACACAUACAACUAUUUCACCAUGGCUAUGCAAGCAGCGAAACGUGCUAAUAUCCGAUUACCUCCUGAGGUGAACAGAAUCCUGUACGUCAGGAACCUUCCUUACAAGAUAACCGCGGAGGAAAUGUAUGAUAUCUUUGGGAAAUAUGGACCAAUACGUCAAAUCAGAACAGGGAACACACCAGAAUCAAGAGGAACAGCUUAUGUGGUUUAUGAAGACAUCUUUGACGCCAAGAACGCCUGUGACCAUCUGUCAGGCUUCAACGUCUGCAACCGUUACCUGGUGGUCCUCUACUACAACGCAAACCGAGCUUUCCAGAAGAUGGACACAAAGAAGAAAGAGGAACAGCUGAAGCUUCUAAAAGAGAAAUACGGCAUCAACACAGACCCUCCGAAGUAGUUCAUCCACCUCCACCUGUCGCCUCUAUGUUCAAAAGCUUUCUUUGUCUGUCUGUACAAACCUCCCAGGUUCCUUGGUUUUAUGCUGGUGUCACGGACACAGUCGUUGAAAAAUUUAUUUUCUUUUUUGAUGAAUUUGUUGAAAUUAGGAGUUGGAUUUUUUUUAAAUUUCUAUGUGUGAAGUUGAACUCUGUUUAGCAGUAUGUGAGUAAACAUCAGGGCAGAGAGCUGUUGUUCACUCAUCGGUUUGAUUUUCAAGUGUUAGGUUGAUGAUUCGGUGAUUAACCAGUGGGGCAAACUCUUGAGCAAAAAAAAAAACUAGAUUUAGAUGGUGACUGGUCAAAGUACUCACCCUGGGUAACAUGUUGAAAUCUCUUUUCACUGUUCUUGGAACUCUUCAUACUUCUACAAUCUCACUUUAAUUUAAAGCUAACCAUACUUAUGUAGUGUGUGAUAUAAAGUUGAUUACACACACUAAAGUGUAUGGUUUCUGUAAAAUAAAUGUCCCUUUUCUUAAA